AAGCAGUAGUGCUCUUCUCCUAUACAUAUUCUCCAUUGACCAAAUAAUUUCUUCUCUUCUUCUGCUGCAGCUUCACUCUUUCCAAGCUAAACAUACUUAAUGGGUAGCUUGGGAAGUUUCAGGAGUUGUUCUGGUCUCUUUUUGGUUUACAUUGUUUUGAUAUCGUCUUUGAUCCAAGCAUCUGUAGUUGCUGCAGCUAUUAAAGGUCAUUUCUACAAAUGGGAAGUGGAGUACAUGUUCUGGUCGCCUGACGGUAAGGAAAAUGUCGUGAUGGGUAUCAACGGUCGGUUUCCAGGGCCGACGAUCAGAGCAAGAGCCGGAGAUACCAUUCAUAUUGAGCUACUAAACAAGCUCCACACUGAAGGUGUUGUCAUUCACUGGCAUGGAAUCAGACAGCUGGGGACGCCUUGGGCUGAUGGAACUGCUGCCAUUACACAGUGUGUUAUUAACCCUGGUGAAACCUUUUCUUAUAGGUUCACUGUUGACAGGGCGGGAACAUACUUCUACCAUGGACACUAUGGAAUGCAAAGAUCAGCAGGGCUAUAUGGGACUCUGAUAGUUGAUGUGGCAGAAGGAGAGAAAGAACCAUUUCACUAUGAUGGUGAAUUUGACCUAUUAUUGAGUGAUUGGUGGCACCAAAGCGUUCAUCAACAAGAAGUUGGCCUCUCCUCUAUUCCAUUUCGUUGGAUUGGCGAGCCCCAGACCUUGCUCAUCAAUGGCAGAGGGCAAUAUGAUUGUUCUCUAGCAGCAAAAUAUAACAAAAACCUUAUCAAUGAGUGCAACAUAAAGGGAGGUGAGCAAUUUGCACCCUACAUCCUCCAUGUGCAGCCCAACAAGACCUACAGAAUAAGAAUCGCUAGUACCACUGCCCUAGCUUCUCUCAACUUGGCCAUUGGGGGACACAAGAUGCUGGUGGUUGAAGCUGAUGGAAAUUAUGUUCAACCAUUUCUGACCAACAGUUUGGACAUUUAUUCUGGUGAGAGCUACUCAGUCCUAAUAACCACAAAUCAAAAACCCAACAACUACUGGAUUUCUGCAGGAGUAAUAGGAAGGGAACCUCAUACCCCUCAAGCCCUAACUUUAUUAAACUAUCUGCCAAAUUCUGUUUCAAAAUUGCCUAAGUUUCCUCCUCCUGUAACUCCCCCAUGGAACGACACUGCUCGAAGCAAGGCGUUCACUAAAAAAGUUUUAGCUCACAUGAAUACUCCGAAGCCUCCGAAGAAUUACGACCGUCGGAUCAUCCUUCUAAACACCCAAAAUAAAUACAAUGGCUUCACUAAGUGGGCAAUCAACAAUGUUUCCCUCUCAUUACCCGCAACUCCUUAUUUAGGCUCCUUGAAAUAUGGUCUUCAAGGUGCAUUUGAUCAAGCAAACCCACCCGAGAACUACCCUGAAAAAUAUGAUGUGAUGAAACCACCAGUUAACCCUAACACUACUGUUGGAAGUGGGAUUUACAAGUUUGGUUACAAGAACACAGUGGAUGUGAUUCUUCAAAAUGCUAAUGCAUUAAAAACAGGCGUUAGUGAAGUCCAUCCAUGGCACUUGCAUGGUCACGACUUUUGGGUUUUAGGAUAUGGAGAAGGGAAGUUUACAAAUAAUGAUGAGAGCAAAUUCAACUUGAAGAAUCCACCUUAUAAGAAUACAGCAGUGAUUUUUCCUUAUGGGUGGACUGCACUGAGAUUUGUGGCAGAUAAUCCAGGGGCUUGGGCCUUCCACUGCCACAUUGAGCCACAUUUGCAUAUGGGUAUGGGUGUGGUUCUUGGAGGAGUUGAACGUCUUGGUGAUAUUCCUCAUGAGGCUCUUGCUUGUGGUUUGACUGGGACGAGGCUCAUGGAUACCAACAAGCACUAAGCCUAAAU